AUGAAGUUACUCUAUCAAAAGCUUCGGGUUAUUCUUUGGUGUGCUGCCAUACCCAUACCCUUUCUACAUGUUUCUGCUGUGAGCUUACCAAACAAUGAAUCUGUGCCCGCAGUGAUUGUAUUUGGGGACUCUAUAGUUGAUCCAGGAAACAAUAACUACAUCACCACUCUUAUCAAAUGCAAUUUCCCACCAUAUGGUAGAGAUUUUGCUGGAGGAAAUCAUCCAACUGGGAGGUUCAGCAAUGGCUUAGUCCCAUCAGACAUCAUUGCUGCAAAAUUUGGAGUCAAGAAGCUUUUACCUGCUUAUCUUGAUCCAAAUUUGAAACUUCAAGAUCUCCUCACAGGUGUAAGCUUUGCCUCAGGUGGUGCUGGAUAUGAUCCUCUAACAGCUGAGUUAGUGUCUGUGAAAUCAUUGAAAGAUCAAUUAGACAUGUUCAUGGAGUACAUAAAGAAGAUAAAUGAAGGAGUUGGAAGAAACAGAACGGCAUUAAUAGUGUCCAAGAGCAUAUACAUAGUGUGCUUAGGAAGUGAUGACAUUGCCAAUACCUAUGCUCUAACACCAUUUAGACGUGCCCAGUAUGAUAUUCCUUCUUACACGGAUUUAAUGGCUUCAGAAGCCUCAAACUUUUUGCAGGAACUUUAUGGACUUGGAGCUAGAAGGAUUGGAGUAUUUGGUUUACCAGCUGUAGGGUGUGUACCCUCACAAAGAACAAUUGGUGGAGGCAUGCAUAGAACAUGUUUUGAUUCUUCUAACCAAGCUGCAACACUCUUCAACUCGAAGCUCUCAUACCAAAUGGAUGCACUUGGAAAAAAGUUUUCAGACGCUAGGCUUGUCUAUCUUGAUUCUUACAACGCAUUGCUGGACAUGAUUCAAACCCCUGAUAAAUAUGGUUUUGAAGAGACAGAGAAAGGAUGCUGUGGGACAGGGAAUAUAGAAGUUAGCUUUUUGUGCAACCCUUACAGCUUUAACACGUGCUCUAACUCUUCAAACUACAUAUUCUGGGAUAGUUAUCAUCCUACGGAGAAGGCUUAUUAUGUGCUUAGCUCUCUGGUGGUUGAUAACAAAAUCAAAGACUUUUUCUGA